GAAGCUGACAGGAGAUUGUAGUGCGGUCGGUAGCAGCGUGAGCUGUGUUGCAGAAUGUUUGGAAAACUUUCAAUUUUGCUCUUUGUCUUCCUUUUUUUCGACAAUGAGCCCACUGACGCACAGAAGAAAAAAGAGUUGUCUUGGUGGGUGUGUGUCUGUGUGUGUGUGAAUCUGUGUGUGUGUCCUGUCUAGACUCUGCUGUCAGAGAAGGUGACUCAGAUGAUGGAGUGGGCCUCCAAGCGCUCAGUCAUCAGGAUGAAUGGCGAUAAGUUUCGUCGCUUUGUCAAGGCUCCUCCCAGAAACUACUCCAUGGUUAUCAUGUUUACAGCACUGCAGCCACAGAGACAAUGUGGGGUCUGCAGACAAGCUGAUGAGGAGUUCCAGGUGCUGGCGAACUCAUGGCGUUAUUCCUCCGCCUUUACUAACAAAGUCUUCUUUGCAUCUGUCGAUUUUGACGAAGGAUCAGAUGUCUUUCAGAUGCUAAAUAUGAAUUCUGCUCCAACCUUCCUCCACUUCCCAUCCAAAGGGAAACCUCGCAGGUCUGAUACCUAUGAGCUGCAGGUCAGAGGCUUUGCAGCUGAGCAGCUGGCUAGAUGGGUGGCAGACAGGACUGAUGUGCAGAUCCGUGUCAUUCGUCCCCCCAACUAUGCAGGGCCUCUCCUGCUGGGCUUCCUCCUGGCUGUGAUUGGAGGCCUGGCGUAUCUACGGAGACACAAUUUGGAGUUUCUCUUUAACAAGAACGUCUGGGCCUUCUCUGCACUGUGCUUUGUCCUGAUCAUGACUUCAGGCCAGAUGUGGAACCACAUCAGAGGACCACCUUAUGCACACAAAAACCCUAGCACUGGCCAAGUUAGUUACAUCCAUGGCAGCAGUCAAGCCCAGUUUGUGGCUGAGACGCACAUUGUCCUGCUCUUCAAUGCUGCUGUUACUAUGGGAAUGGUACUGCUGUGUGAAGCUGCUACCUCUGACAUGGACAUUGGAAAGAGGAAGAUUAUGUGUGUCGCAGGUAUUGGUCUGGUGAUGCUGUUCUUCAGCUGGCUGCUGUCCAUUUUCAGAGCAAAGUACCAUGGAUACCCAUACAGCUUCUUGAUGAGUUAGGUGACCAGGAUCCUCCAGCUUCACAGUAAGGAUGGACUUCAGGACAGGAAGUUCACCAAAGUGCCAUCACCCUGCGUGGUGCUGUUCAUGGCAAUGAUGCCUCAUUUAUGUUUACUUGCCAUGGUUUGUCUUUUGAUCUCUUGAGCCAAAAGUCUGUGUGUCACGCUGUGCCUUUACAAAGACUCAGCAAGCAAUUCAUUCAUCAUCAGUUUGCAGUCUAAACUUUCUUGUGCCAAAAGAUGUUUUCUAGAUUAGCAUUUUGAAAAGUAAACUAUCAUUUCUUAAAUUGAUUGAUUAGUAAUUAAUUAAAUUGAUUGAUUAGUCCAAGACACAAAUCUCCAUCUGUAUCUUUAUUUUUUUUAACUUUUUGGACCAUAAACAGGUCAUAGACUCUGUUUUGUCUGUUAAGUUGUUUGUGUGUGGCUGAACUUCAACCAGCAUAUUAUAUUAAUGGAGUAGCAAAGUGGGAGCAGUUAUUUCAAGCAUCCCAGGUGUCCUGUAAAGUCCUAAGAAAGGUCCCUUUAAGUACUAAUGGUAGGCCAAAUCUGUGAUAUUACACAUACUAAUUAACCAUUAAUUUAUUCAACUUUUUAAGAAAGAGCAAAGAAAUUAAAGGUUUGCCUAGUUGGUUGCCCACUACUACGGAUGGGAAUUGUAGUAUUUCGACCCAUUUACCAAAACAAGAUUUCAUAGAAACAAACUAGAAAUAUUUGGAACCACUGGUCAUAACAUAGCCUUAUAUACUGUAAUAUUAUCAAGUAGUCCUUUGUUUCUGUGUUGUUGAACACUGAUUACUGUUUUAAAUCCUUGCAGGACCUUCACCACAAUGCAACUCUAUAAGCUAUGUGCCUUACACUCCUAAGCCACUGGGGUGUCUGAUCACAUGUAUGCUUAUAAUAAAAUGUCAAGUGAUUUUAAUAAAUCUGAAGGCAGUUGGAGCUAGAGCCAGUUUAUUUACUCAUCACUACUCCCACUCAGUGAGCUCAGUUUGGGGUUAACAGAGUAACAUGUCUCAGCAUUCAAAUGACUUUGUGGAUGCACAAGUGAUGAAAUUACUUGGAUUUUCUUUUAACAUCAAAUGAGAAUUCCUCACACUCAGGGUUUUCUACAUACCUAUCUGGAAGUUAAAGUACUAGUAGAUGGAGGGAUGGAAGUUUCUGAAUCUAUUUUAUUCAUUAAUGGGGACAGAAUGAACGUACCUCCCCCCCACACAAUAAUUUUUUACUUGGGUUUUGUGUAAUGUACCUUUGUUCUUUCCACUUGUAAUAGCUCUGCAGUGAGCUGGUGUUGCGUUUAAAUUGAAUAAUCACGCUUUUCUUUUGUUAAAACAUUUUUUGUGUCCCUUUAUCAAUAAGUAAAAUGGCCUUAACUCCAGAGCUAGAUGCAGUUUUGUUGUUUUUAUAUCAUGAGAAGUAUACAAGCUCAUUCAUCACAAUACUUAUCAAAAGUAUAAUUUUCUUUCUGUUGUGUGAAAUAAGUGCUUUAAAUGUUUGUGGUUGGUUAUCAGGUUGUACCAGGAGAGAAUAUUUGAUCCGAAGUGAUUAUUUCUGAUAUUAAAGUGCCUUAACUGCA